GACAUCUUUCUGAAGCAUCAUUUUCCCUUGAUUCUCUUCAGAUAAAACAUUAAUGUCCUUAGGGAUGACAGUCACAUAGGUUUCCAAGCAUAUACCAGACUUCUCCCUGAAAUUAGGCUUGAGUUGUCCUCUUUCUGAAAAAUUCCCAGAUUUAACAGAAAAGCUUCCUUCUGCCAUGAGGACACAUUGACAUGAAAGUGUGAGAGGUACUGGUGCACUUCUUCACACUAACGGACAUGUGAGGAUGUAUGACUCCAAGCCACACGGCAUACAGUUCCUGCCUGCUUCAUGUUUACUGUUCUAACUCCGCCCCUGGUUUUGGUCCCUGGAAGCUGCUGAUUCAUGGCAAAACCCCAGAGCUUGGAGUCAGAAGACUGAGCUUAAGUUCCAGUAUUAUUAUUAUUAUUUUUUUCUAUCCAUGAUAUCAAUCCCUCUCAGUCACUAAAUGAUUGUGACAACACCUUGUACAGUUGGUGGCGGCAUUAAAUCAGAUGGUAUAGAAGAGUAUUUUGUCAAAACUGUAAAGGAGGAUGUGGCUGUAGGGGCUGAUAGUUCUCAUGAGUGUCACUGCUCUUCUUUCCCACAGUUAAAAGAAUAUUGGCAGAGGAAGAGCCCUGGCGUUCCAGCAGGAGCUAACAGGAAAAAGAAAAUCAAUGGCAGUAGCCCUGACACCGCCGCUUCUGGUGGUUACCGCUCACCUGGGGAUUCAGCAACAGGUGUCUACGGGGAGGGCCCCGUGUCAUCUACUACCCUGAAAGACCUAGAGGUUCGCACAUUGAAGGAGGAGAAGCAGCGUGAGAUACAUCGGGUACAGAAGCUUGGCAGGAGCUUGUUCAAACUCAAACACCAGAGGGCUGAACCCCGGGCCUCAGAUCCCCCAGCAGGGCCCUCUGAGGUGGAGCAGCUACAUGAUGAGACCAAACACCUAAGGAAGGAGCUGGAGAGUCUGGGAAGACAGCUCCAGGCCGAGGUGGAAAACAAUCAGAUGCUGAAUCUCCUGAACAGGAGACAGAAGGAGAGGAUACGUGAGCAGGAGGAGAGGAUACAUGAGCAGGAG